AAUCGCUCGAUUCACGUUAGAUUAAGGAGCCCAACAUUUAAUAUAAAAAAAGACAGAAAAAAAAAAACAAAACAAAAUAGUACGAAAGAUACAUCGGAAGGAUCCCCAAGAAAUGUCCCAAAAUAAUACGAUUCAAGGCUACGCGUGGGAGAAUCAAUCGGAGGAUAAUCGAGAUGUUGCAAAGCUUGCUGUUGAUGAGAUUCUUGGUGUUUACAAAGUUUACGUCAAAGAUGAUUUGGAUAAUCAAGAAGAAAAAAGUGAUGCUUCAAACGAUUCAUCUGGACCGAUUGAUUGCCAAUUCAUCAAUGGAAAUAUGUUGGAUCUGGAUGGAGCAAUCAAUGCAGAUGUCGUGACUCUUGAUGGAAAUGCAACAAAGAUGCAAAAAAUUAAAGAAGCUGAUGUACCAUAUUCUCAAACAUUGAACAAAGCUUCUUCAAGCACUGGUACACACAUGGUUGAUAAAGACGAUCCACGUUCACGUCUUCACUUUGUUAAAUAUUUAAAACGUAAUGGCACUACAACCAAAGUAUGGGAAUGUGGGAUUUGUUCCAAGGAGUUUCGCCAUCAGUACACAUUGAUGAGGCACUUGCCGACUCAUACAGAUGAAAGAAACUUCAAGUGUGAUGUUUGUGGGAAAGCAUUUCGACAACUAUCUACCCUCAGCCAACACAAAGCAAUACACAGUGAUGCUCGGCCUUAUAUUUGUGAAUUUUGUCAAAAAACUUUCAACAGGGUCUCAACAUUGAUUUCACAUCGUAAAACUCAUUCGGAAAAUAAACCACACAAGUGCAAUGUGUGUGGUAAAGGAUUUCAUCAAAAAGGUAAUUUGAGGAAUCAUGUUUUUACACACACCAAUGAGCGUCCUUACAAGUGUGAUUUUUGUGGCAAAGGUUUUAAUCAAAUGUCAAAUCUUGUUUGUCACAAAGUUAAAGCUCAUGCUCAUGUUGAAAAAAUGCAAUACUCAUGUAGUAUAUGUAGUGAAGAUUUUCCUCGUAGAUUUGCACUACGUUCACAUGAAGAAUCAAAACAUGGAAUUAAAUAUAGAACACAAACUCCAUCAACAUCAUCAUCUACAUCAAAUAGUAAAGCAAAACAAAAAAAAAAUUUAAAAAUUAUUGAAUUACAAAAUGAUAAUUUCAUGGAUAUUGAUGAAAAAGAAAAUGUUUUACCAACAAGUAUGCAGAGUUUUGUUAUAGAUAAAAUUGAAACUGAAGCUAUGGAAAAAGCUAUUAUUAAUAAUCAGGAGCCAUUCGCACUUUUUAAACCAGCUAAUGGUAUUCCGGUACUUGUCAAAAUUGAACCUGCUGGACAAACACAACACCUUUUAACUCCCGCUACUGCUGAGGAUCUUCAAAUAGGAGAAAAAAUAAAUGCUGAUCUGUCGGAAGAUAACAAAGGCGUUCAACUCAAGGUUCCAGUUGUCGCAACUGUCAAUGAGAUUUUAGAUGAGAAUGGAAAGUCAAGUUUUAUUAUAGAACCACCAAAUAAUGAUGAAAAUGAAGGUGAAAAUCUUUUGACGCCAUUGCAUGCUGAAUUUUUUAUGCAAGAUUCAUUGGAUGAAUCUGAACGAAUAAGUCACAGUUCUAUUGACGAUUGUAACGAAUUGCUUGAACUUGCUGCUCAAGGAGGCAUUCAAUUUGUUCGUGCAACAGACGACGGUCGCUACGAAGUCAUGAGUAAUUCAGAAGCUCGUGAACUUAUGGCACAAAAUUCACAUGAUGUUACGAUUCUUGAAGGGGCUGAAGCUGAUGCAAUUAAUGUUGAUGGUCCUAGUGGUACUAAUAAUAAUGUUGAUAAUAUUGAAAAUGGAAUGAUGUUACUUGAUGCUGGUAGUGGUAGUGGAAAAUACCAACCAAAACGAAAUGAUAGUGAAACAGAUGAUAUAAAAAAUAUUAGAAAUCUUGAUUCAAAAAGUUCAGAUGAAUGUUUUACUGGUAAUGGUGGAGUAUCUUUUCAAGGAUCAAAAAUUGAUGAUUUUAUUAUUAGUGGCAGACCAACAAAUUCAAGCAUGGAUAUUGGUUUAUCACUUCCAACUGAAGAUGAUUGUUUUGUCAGCAAUCACCAAGAAUUUUCAAAUAUUGUUGGUCAUUCCAGUGACUUUAUGCCAUCCAUACAACCUUUAUUAACAAAAAAUGAUUCAUCAAUUUAUUUACUAAACGAAAAUGUUCCAUAUUUAAAAAACUUACGCAAUUUCAGUGAUGAUUUUAGCAGUUUACUGAAUGGUGAUGAAAAUAAUGAUUUAGAUGACAAUUCAGUAGGAAUGUAUGAUACAAGAAUUAAACUGAGUGAUUUGGAUGAUCUUAUGAGUGAUCAUAAUUUGAUGGCAAUGAAUCAAGAUCUUCGAUUACUUGAGAGAUGUCAAGCUCCUAUGGCAAUGCCAUUGCCAAAUUUUUCAGAUAUGAAAAUACUUGGACCAAAAUAUCAAGAAUUUGAAGCUGCUUCAUCUUAUCAUGAUAUUAAAAUUUUUAAUAGUUAUGAUCAGUGUUUGAGAAAUAAUAGUUAUCGUCCUUUUGAUUCUGUUGACACAAGUAUUACAACAAAUAAAGAAAUGAAAAUGAUUGAUGAAUUAAUUAAAGAGGAAUGUCUAGUCAAGACAGAAAGUCAGGUGAAUUCUCUGUCAAUAACAACUUCCAAUUUUCCUGAUGUGAAUGAGAUCCACCACAUGGAUUCCCUUCUCCAAGCAAGUGGUCUCUCCGACUUUUUAAAUUUUGAGAGAAGUGACAGCCCUGGUAGUCAGAAAAGAUCCUUUAUCCUCGAUGGACUUCCCGACCUCGAUUGAUAUUUUUUAAAAAACAUUAAUUAAUUUUUACAUUACAGUGUUUAUUAUUUAUUCCGAAUGAUUUUUUUUUUGUUUAAUUUUUUGACUAAAAAAUCCUAUGUUUAUUAUAAUUAUGCAAUAAUUAAAGUUUAUGAAUAAAUUAAAAUUUUUAUAAAAAAA